GUGUGGGAUAAGGGAUAAUUCUGGGAUAAAUUCGAAGGAUAAUUCGAAGAAAGGUCGGUUCUCUGGUUCAAAAAUGAAGAUAAAUGGUCGAUUGCUCGUCGUUUGCACGAUUCUCUUGGCUCUUCUGGUUCCGAUGAAAGCGGAUAUCAAGAGAGAAUGCCGCAAGCAGUCAAUGGUUUCAUGGGAAUCAUUGAAAAAAUUAAAAACCGGCGAUUUCGAGCAAGAUGAUCCACGAGUGAAGUGUUAUGUAAGAUGCUUUAUGAUAAAAAAUGGUAUCCUCAAUGACAAGGGUCAGUGGACGGAUUUGGAAAAGGCGCUUCAACAUUUACCGAAAUUUAUGCAGGAAUCCUCGUGGGAGAUAUUCCAGCGAUGCAAGUCUGUUUCCGGAGAUGAUCCCUGCGACAAAGCUUUUCAAGUAGCCAAAUGUUACGUCAAAUUGCAACCGCUGAUUUUGGAUUUCGUUUCCUUCGUCUAAUGGUUCUAUUAAACUCGCAUAUGCGCGGGGAUAACUCUGGCAUAACUCUUUUCACGUAUUACAUCUUUUAUUAUAUCUGAAACGUACGUUGAAAUUGUUCAUGAUACUUGAAAAUAUUUUUAGACUUGUAGCAUUUUGUAAAAAAAAAAAGAAAAAAAAUAAAAGAAAAUAAAAAAAAUAAAAGAAAAACAACAUUUCAAAAAAAUCGAUACGUGCAAUUGAAACAACGCUUAUACAUAUAUAAUAGUUUAGGAUGACAUAGGAAUUUUUGAUUUAACAGAUUCCGCGUUCGACUGGAAUUUAGCUGUCCG